GUCGGGAGGCGGGAGGCGCGGAGGGGCUGCCGAGGGGCGUCCGGUUACAUCUCCGCCUUCCUCCGCCUCCGGCCGCAGAGCCCCUCGGUUUGCGGGACGGCAGUCCGGGAACAUGUUGGCCGCGAUCCGCCGGAGCGGAGCUGCGUGGACGCGGGCGCUGCUGCUGCAGCUGCUGCUGGCGGGGCCCGGGGGCUGCCUGAGCCGCCAGGAGCUCUUCCCCUUCGGCCCCGGACAGGGGGACCUGGAGCUGGAGGCCGGCGACGACCGCAUCUCCCCAGCCCUGGAGCUGAGCACGGCGCUGCGCUUCUUCGACAAAUCCGACAUCCACUCGGUCUAUGUCACUACAAAUGGCCUCAUUGCCAUGAGCGAGCCCCCAGCUGAGGAAUCCCAUCCUGGGCUCUUCCCCCCGACCUUCGGAGCAGUCGCCCCUUUCCUGGCAGACUUGGACACGACCGAUGGCCUUGGGAAGGUUUACUAUCGGGAAGACUUAUCUCCCUCUGUCACUCAGCUGGCAGGGGAGUGUGUGCAGAGAGGGUUCCCGGAAGUCUCUUUCCAGCCCGGUAGCGUGGUGGUGGUGACUUGGGAAUCUGUAGCUCCCUACCAAGGGCCCAGCAAGGACCCUGCCCAGGAAGGCAAGAGAAACACAUUCCAGGCUGUUCUCGCCUCCUCUGAUUCUAGCACCUACGCCAUUUUCCUUUAUCCUGAAGAUGGUCUGCAGUUCUACACGACAUUCUCAAAGAAGGAUGAGACCCAAGUUCCCGCAGUGGUUGCUUUCAGCCAAGGUUUAGUAGGAUUAAUAUGGAAGAGUGAUGGAGCUUAUAAUAUAUUUGCUAAUGACAGAGAAUCCAUUGGAAACUUGGCCAAGAGCAGCAACGCUGGGCAGCAGGGCAUCUGGGUGUUUGAGAUUGGGAGUCCGGCCACCGCCAGUGGUGUGGUGCCCUCAGACGUGAACCUGGGAUUGGACGACGGAGCAGAGUACGACGAUGAAGAUUAUGACUCGGUGACACGGCUGGGCCCGGAGGACACAGGCACCACAUCCUUCCCCUACGAGGCCCCGAGAAGGGGAAACACCGGCACAUACAACAUGCCCGGUGACCUCUCCCCCAGCCGGCUGGCUACCGAGAGACCCCCUGGACCUCCCACGGAGAGGACUAGAUCCUUCCAGCUGCCGGCGGAGAGGUUUCCCCAGCAGCAACCACAGGUCAUAGACGUGGAUGAAGUUGAGGAAACAGGAGUUGCAGUUUUCAGCUACAACACGGAUUCCCGCCAGACGUGCAUCAACAACAGACACCAGUGCUCGGUGCACGCAGAGUGCAGGGACUUCGCCACCGGCUUCUGCUGCAGCUGCGUUUCUGGCUACACGGGGAACGGCCGGCAGUGUGUUGCUGAAGGUUCCCCGCAGCGAGUUAACGGCAAGGUGAGAGGGAGGAUCUUUGUGGGGAGCAGCCAGGUUCCCAUCGUCUUUGAGAACACCGACCUCCACUCCUACGUGGUGAUGAACCACGGGCGCUCCUACACAGCCAUCAGCACCAUUCCCGAGACCGUCGGGUACUCUCUGCUUCCUCUGGCCCCCAUCGGAGGCAUCAUUGGAUGGAUGUUUGCAGUGGAGCAAGAUGGAUUCAGGAAUGGGUUCAGCAUCACAGGGGGCGAGUUCACCCGCCAGGCGGAGGUGACCUUUGUGGGGCACCCGGACAAGCUGGUCAUUAAGCAGCAGUUUAGCGGCAUUGAUGAGCACGGACACCUGACCAUCGACACGGAGCUGGAGGGCCGCGUGCCGCAGAUCGCCUUCGGCUCCUCGGUGCACAUCGAGCCCUACACAGAGCUCUACCACUACUCCCACCAGGUGAUCACAUCCUCCUCCACCCGGGAGUACACGGUGACGGAGCCCGAGCGGGAUGGCGCUGCCCCUUCGCACGUCCACACUUACCAGUGGCGCCAGACCAUCACCUUCCAGGAGUGCGUCCACGACGACUCCCGGCCGGCCCUGCCCAGCACCCAGCAGCUCUCGGUGGACAGCGUGUUUGUCCUGUACAACCAGGAGGAGAGGAUCCUGCGCUACGCUCUGAGCAACUCCAUCGGUGCCGUGAGGGACGGCUCCCCUGAUGCCCUUCAGAAUCCUUGCUACAUUGGCACUCACGGAUGUGACACCAACGCAGCCUGCCGCCCUGGCCCCGGGACCCAGUUCACCUGCGAGUGCUCCAUCGGCUUCCGGGGAGACGGACGGACCUGCUACGAUAUCGACGAAUGUUCGGAACAGCCCUCGGUGUGUGGGAACCACGCAAUUUGCAAUAACCACCCGGGCACCUUCCGAUGCGAGUGUGUGGAGGGCUACCGGUUUUCAGAGGAGGGAACGUGCGUGGCCAUCGAGGACCAGCGCCCCAUCAACUACUGCGAGACUGGCCUUCACGACUGUGACAUCCCCCAGCGAGCUCAGUGCAUCUACUUGGGAGGCUCCUCCUACACGUGCUCCUGUCUGCCGGGCUUCUCUGGGGAUGGCCGAGCCUGCCAAGAUGUGGACGAAUGCCAGCCAAGCCGAUGUCACCCCGAUGCCUUCUGCUACAACACUCCAGGGUCCUUCACGUGCCAGUGCAAACCUGGUUACCAGGGAGACGGUUUCCGUUGCGUGCCUGGAGACGUGGAGAAAACCCGAUGCCAGCAUGAACGAGAACACAUCCUCGGGUCGGUGGACCCGCAGCGCCCCCGGCCCCCGGGACUGUUUGUCCCCGAGUGUGACGAGCACGGACACUACGCGCCCACCCAGUGCCACGGCAGCACCGGCUACUGCUGGUGUGUGGACCGUGACGGCCGCGAGCUGGAGGGCACCAGGACCAGGCCCGGGAUGAGGCCGCCGUGUCUGAGUACAGUGGCUCCCCCGGUUCACCAUGGACCCUCAGUUCCUACCGCCGUGAUCCCCCUGCCACCCGGGACCCACCUACUCUUCGCCCAGACGGGGAAGAUAGAGCGCCUUCCGCUGGAGGGAAGCACCAUGACCAAGAUGGAGGCCAAGGCUCUGCUUCAUGCCCCGGAUAAAGUCAUCAUUGGACUGGCCUUCGACUGUGUGGACAAGAUGGUUUACUGGACCGACAUCAGUCAGCCUUCCAUUGGGAGAGCCAGUCUGCAUGGCGGAGAGCCAUCCACCAUCAUUCGACAAGAUCUUGGAAGCCCAGAGGGCAUUGCUCUUGACCAUCUUGGCCGCAACAUCUUCUGGACGGAUUCUCACCUGGAUCGAAUAGAAGUUGCGAAGCUGGAUGGGACCCAGCGCAGGGUGCUGUUUGAGACUGAUUUGGUGAAUCCCAGAGGCAUCGUAACGGAUUCCAUGAGAGGGAAUCUUUAUUGGACAGAUUGGAACAGAGAUAGCCCCAAAAUAGAAACUUCCUACAUGGACGGCACAAACCGGAGGAUACUUGUGCAGGAUGACCUGGGCUUGCCCAAUGGGCUGACCUUUGAUGCCUACUCAUCUCAGCUCUGCUGGGUGGAUGCAGGCACCCAUCGGGCCGAAUGCCUGAAGCCCGAUCAGCCCAACAAACGCAAGGUCCUUGAAGGGCUCCAGUAUCCUUUCGGCGUCACGAGCUUUGGGAAGAAUCUUUAUUACACGGACUGGAAGAUGAAUUCCGUGGUCGCUGUGGAUCUUGCUAUUUCCAAAGAGACGGAUUCUUUCCAUCCCCACAAGCAGACCCGGCUGUACGGCAUCACCACCGCCCUGUCUCAGUGUCCCGAAGGUCACAACUACUGCUCAGUGAACAAUGGUGGCUGCACCCACCUCUGCCUGGCCACGCCAGGAAGCAGGACCUGCCGUUGCCCUGACAACACCCUAGGCGUUGACUGUAUCGAGCGGAAAUGAAGACAAGAGCGCCUCAUUUGCUCUCCAAAGUAUUUCACAGCAACACCCUACUUGAAAGGGUCCAGACCGAAAACUGUCUGACCUAGUGGCUGAGUGACCACCAGGCUCAGGUCCAACCCAACCUGCACCCCAACAGCAUUGCCCUCACCGUUCCCCAAAACAUGUGCCCUGGGCUUCUGGAAUGGGAAAGCCUCUACCCCCUACACAAAGACAGAAAGCCUCCCUGACCCCAACCCUCAGACAAGCUUAUGCAGUCCUAAGUGAGGAUUAUAUGCCCAUCCUGGUGCUGGAAACUUGCCCCACCCUUAAUACCCCAGUGGCCAGUGGAACCUCCCCAGGCCCAAGCUGCCCCCUUCCCUGUGGCCUUAUGAGCUCAGCCUCACUCUGAUAUACCCAUCAUCCUGUCGGCCACUGGACACACCAGCCAGGAUUGUCUAGGCAAGGCUGUGAGCAAAGGAGGGAGUUAGCCCUCCCACACUUGUGUCUUGGUGCUCUGAUUUCCUUCUUUAUACACUUGGCUUUUAACCCCUGAGUUCUGUACCAUCUGCAUCCUGCCCAAGGCCCACAUUACAGUGAGCAAGCCCUGCCUUUUGGUCAAAACCCACCCUAUCCAAAGGAUACAUGGGUAUUUGGUGGAUGAUACUGAGCAGCCUCUCCCAGAUAAGUUAGUGGCAUUUCAGCAGUAAUCUUUGGUAGUCAAAGGCUCAAAUCAAAGGAGUGUCCGGUGGUAGGAAUUUCCAGGUGUAGAGUCAGAUGUUUGAGGAUGGAGAUUCUAUUGAUGUGCCUUAAAUUACACCAAAGAUUACCAAAUUAUUCCUCUUUGUCCAAAGCACUUGGAUCCUAGCCUCUGGUCUCUUGGGCAGCACAGCCCCGCUGCUGACACCUGUGUCCAGCCUCCUCAUGGAGACCCACCUGAGACACAGGCUGGGGCUGGUACCAGUGAUGACCCCCUGGUAGUCCCUCACCUCUGGCCUCCACCCAUGAGAUCCAGUCUACAAUCAACCAUGAGCUUUCUUCUCCUUUGUUUCUCUCUCUAUCCACGGCCCUCGCUGGCUAUAUUCUCAUCCAAAGAUGUGAUCCAGGAAGGCCAAAUUGAGUACUUAUACUAGUGAUCCAGACCCUUUAUUGUCCACUGGUGUAAUUAAAAGGAUCAUCGCCACAUUUCAUGUUUAUGCGUCUACAGUUUGUUUAGAAAACCCCUCCUGACCAUAUAUAGCUAGUGUUAUUAUUAUUAUUUUUUUUUUGUCAACUGCUUCCCACAGUCCUAAGAUAAUAGCAAUUUUGGAUUGAAAGCUGAGGAUAAGGAAUUUGAGUCAGUAAAGAUCAGGGUAAGGGAGUAGAGAAGACCCAGUGAAAAAGUAUCACAAAGAGAUUGAUCAAGACCAGGAAUGGAAAACCCCAAAGAAAGGAUGGAGGAGGGGAUUUAACAAUAGUGAUUAGAAAAACUCUUAAAUAAUGCCCAAGAAUACAUGGUAUGUUCUUUGCCAGAGAACACUUACACACUUCAGGACGUGGAAGAAUCUGCCUGUUUUUCUCCUUAAGGAAGAGAUCCCUCUUCUUCUCUGCAAACCUCAGUACACUCAGCCCCUCCCACCCCCUUUUCUGCAGUCCACUGAGACCUGAAUUGAGAAGGCCUUUCCUUGAAUAAUUGGAAUUUUUUUUGAGAGGCAAAUAUAUCCCCAAGAAUCACAAGGUUUGGGGAACACGCGGGUCAUUUAUAGAGCCCAACCCCAUAAAUUAGUUUAACUUUAUAUUUAUCAUUCCAUAUCAUGCCCUGUAUAUCAAAUGUUUUGUCAUGACUUUGUAUACUGUUUAUAACUCUUUUAUUCAUUUUACCGGACUCAUCCUAAAAGUUUGUAAAUGGCAAAUUCUUAAACUGUGGAAACCACUGAAGGUGCUUAUUAACUGUUCCCCAGAUUUGUACAAGUAUUGGAUGAUUCUUUGAGUUUACAGCUAUAUAAAUAUUAGUGCAGAAAAUAAAAUUUUUUUUUUUGUUAAA